GGAGGCGCCGAGCCGCGCCUGCUCGUCCUUCGGCCCUUCCCAAAUCGCGCAGCAGCCGGAUCGCGGCACCAUGAUGGCGAGGCGGCUCCUCCUGGGUUCCAGGCUCCUGCAGCUCCGCAGUCGGGGCUCCCUGGGCGUGAGUAUCCCCGAGCCCAGCGCAAAAGGCAGCCCGGCUGGGCUGGGAUGUCCUGGCGGGACAUGUGCGUCCGGGAAGCGGGCAGCGCUCCAGAAGGGGGCGCUUCCCCUUGGCGCAGCUUCCUGCGUCUUUACGCGCGGCUCAGGUUGCGCGUUUGCGCUCUGGGUAGGCAGGGCCGGCGCGCCCAGGAGGCAAGGGGAGGCGACCGGUCAUAGAAUGGUAGAGUUGGAAGGAAUCCCGAGGGUCAUGUAGCUCCAGCCCCCCAACCCCUUACAAAUUGCUAAAAUACUAAAAAAAAAACAGGGGUCUCUAUAACGUUUAACCCGGGAGACACCAGCCACACAUUGCAGUCCUGGCGCCAGGGCACAUUGUCCAGACUAAAUAGCAUUCUGUUCGUGUAAGGUCUGAUUCCCUUGGUUGAAUCAACGAACACAGGUAACAUUAAAAUCAUUAAAAAGCUCCAGUAGCAGUUACCCUUAAAACAGGAGAAGAAACACAAACCACCCCAUCAUGGUCCUUUAGUCCCAUCCUAACCACAAAUAAAUUAGAGCAGGCAUAGGCAAACUUGGCCCUCCAGAUGUUUUGGGACUACAACUCCCAUCAUCCCUAGCUAACAGGACCAGUGGUCUGGGGUGAUGGGAGUUGUAGUCCCAAAACAUCUGAAGGGCUGAGUUUGCCUAUGCCUGAAUUAGAGAGCCUUCCAACAACUCUCCAAAACUACUUUAAAGAAAAUGAUGCUACAGUUCCCAGCAUCCUUGACAAACCUCAGUUCCCAGGAUUCCACUUUGGGGGCAACCGUGUGCUUUGAAUGUGCUUUAAGUGCUGGAAACCUCUGUUCUUUCCUUGAAUCCCUUGGCCCCCCUCUAACUCUUAAUUAAUUUCAUUCUUGCUACAACCAGGUGCACAGAAGCCCCUCCCCCCUCCAGAAACAUUUUCAAUUUUUUUAAAGCAAGGAUAGCACUUCAAAGUUUGCACACGCGGCUCGUAAUUCCACCCAGCAAAAUGGUUAUAGCAUUUGAAUUGUGGAGCCUGCAUAGCUCAGUUGGUUAGAGCUUGGUGCUGAUAAGGCCAAGGUUGCAGGUUCAAGCCCUGUAUGAAACGGCUGUGUAGUCUUGCAUUGCAGGGGGUGGACUAGAUGAUUCUUAAGGUCCCUUCCAGCUCUGCAAUUCUGUGGUUCUAUACUUUGCAGGACUGGCGUAGCCAUAGCCCCACACCUCCAAUAUGAGGGUAUUAAUGAUAAGACUUUGUUUGCACUGACACUGGCAGGGUAGCUUUUUAAAUGAACUCACGGGGUCACUUUUUUGGAAUGCAGUCCAGCAAAGAGAAGCUGCCCCAGUGACCCCUCUGUUACUUAACCAAUUUCUCUUUUCAUGCUUGGAAAAGUUUAUGUGUAAGGCAGGGGUGUGUGAGAGAGAGGGUGGUGCUGCUGUUGUUAGACGUUCCAAGAGCUUCUAGCAGUUUUUGGUUAGAAAUACAUAAAUGCAAUCCCCGCAAAGUAAAAAAAAAUCCUGCUUUUUGAAAUAUAUAAUGUUUUGCAUUGCUUUAUGUUGGGGUUAGGGACAUGGGUGGUGCUGUGGGUUAAACCACAGAGCCUAGGACUUGCCGAUCAGAAGGUCGGCGGUUCGAAUCCCCGCGACGGGGUGAGCUCCCGUUGCUCGGUCCCUGCUCCUGCCAACCUAGCAGUUCGAAAGCAUGUCAAAGUGCAAGUAGAUAAAUAGGUACCACUCCGGCAGGAAGGUAAACGGCGUUUCCGUGCGCUGCUCUGGUUCGCAAGAAGUGGCUUAGUCAUGCUGGCCACAUGACUCGGAAGGUGUCUGUGGACAAACGCCAGCUCCCUUGGCCAAUAAAGCGAAAUGAGUGCCGCAACCCCAGAGUCAGCCAUGACUGGACCUAAUGGUCAGGGGUCCCUUUACCUUUAUGUUGGGGUUGCAUUUUAUAUGCACUUUUCAACAAACUGCCUCAGAUAUUCCCCAAACAACCUGGUUGUUAAAGGCUUAAUUAUGUAGACCCACUGGUGAAACUCUAACCCGGGGUCAUCCUGAUAACACUGACAUUCAGAAGCGGACUUUCUGUUAUGGUCAGGAAGAAAGAGAUGACUGAAGAAACUUCGCUAACUGGGUGUUGUUUGACUAACAAACCAUGCAAGGAGAUUUCAACAGAAAGACGAGUUCUGCCUUUGCUAGUCUAAGUGAAAUGGCUUAUUCCUCUGUGUGUCUCUUAAUUGCACAAGUAUUUGUUUCAUUGCAAAAGAAUGGCUGGUAUUUUUUCACACUGUGAACAGCUUAUUUCAUUGCUUUAUGCCAAAGAUCAGGAACCUGGGGCCAUGCAAAUACUGUUGGACCAGUUCCUUUAAUCUCUGACCUGUGCCCAUGCUGACUGAGGCAGAUAGGAGAUGGAGUUGAACAAUAUUUGGAGGGCCAGAUUUGCCCAUCCCCAUCUACGGCCCAACAAAUAAAUCCUUCCCCCGAUUCUGCACGUUCACACUUGAGGUCUUAUUUCGAAUUUGGUGAUACCGUUCUUCUUUUUAAAAGCUAUUAGUCAUAACAGUCAAUCCAUUGUUCUAUAGCAACACUGUAUGCUGCCUCCCAAGCGCUUGGUGCUUUUAGGAAAGGCAGCAACCAUGUUUGAUUAGAACAAUAGGUCUGUUUGCUUUUAAAAAUAAGAACACAGUGUCUCGAAAACAUCAUUUGCCCAGAGGAAAGCAAAAAGCCCACGAGAAUAGAAAUACGAUUUGGAAAAGCACAAGCAAAUUUUACUGCCUAUGCAAAUUGACUUUAAAGCUUAGCUGAUUUCCCUCUCUUGUGAAUGCACGCUAGACCUUUUAAUUUUAAGAGCUCUAAAGUAGGAAAAUGUUUGGCAAGCCUUCUUACUUCUGCUGUUAAGAGACGGCGUUGGUCAACAUGGGGGGUUUCCAACGCUCAUCAGCCUCAGCCAGCUUGGCCAAUAUUCAAGGAUGAUGCGAAUUGUAGUCCAUAAAAUAUGGAAGGCACCACAUUGAAUCAUAGAAUUGUAGUGUUGGAAGGGACUCUGUGGACCAUCUAGUCCAACCCCCUGCAAUGCAGGAAUAUGCAGAUAUCCUACAGGGUUCGAACCUGCAACCUUGGCAUUAUCAGUGCCAUGCGCUAGCCAACUGAGCUAUCCAUAUCAUAUUUCUUACCAUCUUGAGAUUACUUGCUGAACCAAUAAAUCAGCCUCACAUUCCAUUCACAGAAGCCUGGAGCUGGAAUGUGUUAGAAUGUAGGAAUUUUAAGAGCAGCCCUGCAGAAUCAGACUAAAGCUCCCACCUAAUCCAGUAUUCUGAAAGGUCAGCCCCUAAGCCUUCCCCAGCAGAAAGACUAAGCUCAGUUUCUUGCCUCUAAUUGAUACUGCAGACCCUCAAAGUGUCCCUAUUUUCCAGGGGUGUCCCUGAUUAAGAGAAGCCGUCUUGGUUUCUGAUUUGAUCCCAGAAUGUCCCACUUUUCCUUAGGAUGUCCUUCUUUUCAUUGGAGAAAUGUUGGCGGGUAUGGAGUUAUCCGGCCCGCAAGGCAAUCCUGCAUAGGGAAGUUUUUAAAAUGUUUGAUUAUAUUUUUGUAUAUGCUGGAAGCAGCCCAGAGUGGCUAGGGCAACCCAGUCAGAUGUGUGGGGUAUAAAUAGUAAAAUUAUCAUUAUGGAAUGGGAUGUCCUUAUUUUCAUCAGAGAAAUGUUGGAGGGUAUGCUAGUCCAUCAUCUUGCAAUGCAGAAAUAUGCAGCUGUCCCAUACAGGGAUCAAACCUGCAACCUUGGUGUUAUCAGCACCAUGCUCUAACCAACUGAGCUAUUGGCUAUCCCUGCCCUCCACAACAAUGAGAAGAGAAGAGCAUGAGUCCAGAAGGCUGGAAGAAGCGUAAUGGGAGAGAGUGCUUAGGAGAUGAUGGGCAGUUAACCCAAAAACCCAGGAUAUUGGAGCCCCAAACACUGAGGCAUGUGAGCCCUGGGAAAUUGAAGACACUCAGAUUUAUAUAUCUGUGCCAGGAGUCAUAGAACCAUGCAAGUUGUUCUGCAUUCGGCCAGUGGCUUUGUCCUCUGGCAAACAGUUACAGUAUUUGCUUUUAAAAAGUCACUCAGCUUCAGCACUGCUUGAAGCUCUCCUCUUCAAGCGUUGUAGGGACACUGGUGGUGCUGUGGUCUAAACCACCAAGCCUCUUGGGCUUGCCAAUCGGAAGGUCGGCAGUUCGAAUCCCCGCGACGGAGUGAGCUCCCGUUGCUCUGUCCCAGCUCCUGCCAACCUAGCAGUUCGAAAGCACACCAGUGCAAGUAGAUAAAUAGGUACCACUGCGGCGGCAAGUUAAAUGGCAUUUCCAUGCGCUCUGGCUUCCGUCACGAUGUCUUCGAUGUGCCAGAAGUGGUUUAGUCAUGCUGGCCACAUGACCCGGAAAGCUGUCUGUGGACAAACGCCAGCUCCCUCGGCCUGAAAGCGAGAUGAAACCCCAUAGUCACCUUUGACUGGACUUAACCUCCUAGGGUCCUUUACCUUUACCGUGUUGAUUUCCUUUAAAAACCCCACUGCAUUGGAUCCUAGCCUUUUUUGCAUCCUAGCCCUGCAGUGGUGCCAAACAGCAGAGAGAUUGAGCUAUUCUAGAAUCACAUGGAACUGCUAGAUGGGGAACCAGCAGCCCUCCAGAUGUUGUUAGAUUCCAGCCCCAUCAACUCCACAGACGGUUGAUGAUGGUCAGGGAUGAUGGGAUGGGAUCCAGAAACAUCUGGAAGGUUGUAGGUUCCCCCAUCCCCAUGCUAGUGGGUUUACAAUUUGGGUUUGUUUUCUACACCGAUGAAGCCAACAUUAUGAUGCUGCGCUUUGUUAAACAGAAGAUUUCCCUUUAUUUCUGUAUUUCUAGCUUCUGCCUCGCGGUUUGGCGUCUUCCCCGAAAACUCCUCAACACUCUGCACCUCAGAACCAUGUGUACAGCACAGAGGGAGGGAGUGCCCGCAAACCGUCCGGGCGCUAUCCAGUACCCAACAAGAAGGAUUUGCCCUAUGAUAUAGUAGAGCUCAUGGAGGAAGUGGAAGUAAAGGUAAGGGGGAAAUCUGCUGGGGAAGGUGGAAUCUUGUCCUUUCAAAGAAACUUGUUGUUCAGUCGUGUCCGCCUCUUCGUGACCCCCUGGACCAGAGCAUGCCAGGCACUCCUGUCUUCCACUGCCUCCCGCAGUUUGGUCAAACUCAUGCUGGUAGCUUCAAGAACACUGUCCAACCAUCUCGUCCUCUGUCGUCCCCUUCUCCUUGUGCCCUCCAUCUCUCCCAACAUCAGGGUCUUUCCCAGGGAGUCUUCUCUUCUCAUGAGGUGGCCAAAGUAUUGGAGCCUCAGCUUCAUGAUCUGUCCUUCCAGUGAGCACUCAGGGCUGCUUUCCUUAAGAAUGGAGAGGUUUGAUCUUCUUGCAGUCCAUGGGACUCUCAAGAGGCUCCUCCAGCACCAUAAUUCAAAAGCAUCAAUUCUUCGGCAAUCAACCUUCUUUAUGGUCCAGCUCUCACUUCCAUACAUCACGACUGGGAAAACCAUAGCUUUAACUAUACGGACCAAAGAAACUUGGAACUAUCUUAAAGCCAGAUUUUAAUGAAUGGCUGGAUUUUGGAGGGAGGGAGAACCAAAAACCAGAUUGUCUUGAUUUGGCACACAAGGUGAUAUGACCUUCAUAUUAGAAGUUACUGAGCUGUGUGAUUUAUCUUUGACUAGAAACAGUGUUAGAAACUCAAAUAUAUAAGCUGAUCGCCAAAUGGCACCUUAAACCUAGGUUAUGGUCGCCAAAAUGAAAUGUGUAGGCGCUUCCCCCCCUUUUUUUGCAAGGCACUUUAUUAUUAGAGUGGCUGAGGAAACCCAGCCAGAUGGAUGGGGUAUAAAUAAUAAAAUAUUAUUAUUAUUAUUAUUAUUAUUAUUGUUAUUGUUAUUGUUAUUAUUAUUAUUAUUAUUUAUUACUAUUUUUCAUUUCUAUACUGCUUUACCUUUUAAAGAAAAAAUCUCAAAGCAGUUUACAACACAUUAAAAUACCAAAUAAAACAAUCCAGAAUAAAACAAAUUCAAGGUUCGAGGAAAAUAUUUCAGAUGCUUGUCUAUAAGUGGCAUUUUGCUUUCCUCAUAUUUUUUUAACUACUGAAUUUAAGUAGCUUGCCCAUAGCAGAAGUACUCUAGAAAGGCAGUGUGGUGUAGUGGUUAGUGUCAGACUAGGACCUGGGAGAUCAAGGUUCAAAUCCCCUCUCGGUCAUGCGGCUCAUUUGGUGACCUUGGGCCAGUCGCAGCCUCUUAACCUACCUCAAGGGUCGUUUUAGGGGAGGUGGGUGUACCAUGUACAGUGGUACUUCGGGUUAAGUACUUAAUUCAUUCCAGAGGUCCGUUCUUAACCUGAAACUGUUCUUAACCUGAAGCACCACUUUAGCUAAUGGGGCCUCCUGCUGCCGCCGCGCUGCCAGAGCACGAUUUCUGUUCUUAUCCUGAAGCAAAGUUCUUAACCUGAAGCACUAUUUCUGGGUUAGCGGAGUCUGUAACCUGAAGUGUAUGUAACCUGAAGCGUAUGUAACCCGAGGUACCACUGUAGUGUGUUAGGGAGAAGACUCCUAUCUGACAUCCUAGCUUUGAAAGGGCUGUAUUUAAACUUGAGGAAGAAUUCAAAGGUCCAGUCCUCUGCCCCAUCAGCACUUCUUGGUGGUACAUUAAGACAUCGCCAAGUGAUACCGCUAAACACACCCUUGUUCUCUUACAAGUGGCCUAUGAUGUGUUCAAUAGUGGCGCUGUGGUCUAAACCACUGAGCUUCUUGGGCUUGCCAAUCAGAAGGUCAGCGGUUCAAAUCCCCACGACGGGGUGAGCUCCCGUUGUUCUUUCCCAGCUCCUGCCAACCUAGCAACUCGAAAGCACACCAGUGCAAGUAGAUAAAUAGGCACCACUGUGGCAGGAAGGUCAAUAGCAUUUCCGUGCACUCUGGUAUCCAUCACGGUGUUCCGUUGCACCAGAAGUGGUUCAGUCAUGCUGGCCACAUGACCCGGAAAGCUGUCUGUGGACAAACACUGGCUCCCUCAGCCUGAGAGCGAUAUGAGCGCCGCAACCCCAUAGUCGCCUUUGACUGGACUUAACCGUCCAGGGGUCCUUUACCUUUAUCCCAGCUCUGCCGAUUUGUAUUUCUUGUCCAAUAUGGUCUACUGUAAUAGGUAGCAGUUACCCAGGGUUUUAGGGGGACGCGGGUGGCACUGUGGGUUAAACUACAGAGCCUAGGACUUGCCAAUCAGAAGGUCGGCAGUUUGAAUACCUGUGACAGCGUGAGCUCCCGUUGCUCGGUCCCUGCUCCUGCCAACCUAGCAGUUCGAAAGCACCUAAAAAGUGAAAGUAGAUAAAUAGGUACCGCUCCAGCGGGAAGGUAAACAGCAUUUCCGUGUGCUGCUCUGGUUCGCCAGAAGCGGCUUAGUCAUGCUGGCCACAUGACCCGGAAGCUGUACACCGGCUCCCUCGGCCAAUCAAGCGAGAUGAGCGCCGCGACCCCAGAGUCGGUCACGACUGGACCUAAUGGUCAGAGGUCCCCUUUUUACCCAGGGUUUUAGGCAGAGGAGAGGGUCUUUCCUAGUCCCUGCUUCCCUGAACCUUUUAAGUGGAGAAGCCAAGGAUUGAUAAGCUGAGACCCGAGUGCAAAACAUGUUCUCUGCCACUUCCUCCCGCACUGCUAGGAGGAUUAAGAAAGGGAGGCUUGCCAUUUUCUAGGAACUGACCCGUGAAAGUGUGGGGGAGUGGAAUGUUAUUAGGAUGAUUAUUUUACUGUUAGGCUCUCUGUCAUGUUUUUAUUACGCUUUUAUUAUUGAUGUUCUGUAAAGUGUUUUUAACGUUGUACACCGCCCUGGGAUUUUCUGAUAAAGGGUAGUAUCUAAAUUGAAAUAAUAAUAAUAAUAAUAAUAAUAAUAAUAAUAAUAAUAAUAGAAGAAGAAAACUGUAUCAGCAUCUUCUCUUAACUAUUUUAAGGUGAUUGACUGGUGUUUUAUUCUUAAUUCUUCCAACAGACUGGGUUUUUGCCCAACGUGUUUAAGGUUAUGUCUCACCGACCGGCAGAAUUUAGAGCAUUCUUUGCUUAUUACAAUGCCAUCAUGAACAAGGAGACAGGUAAGAACAGAAACCAGACUUGGUCUAUCUUAACGUGACUGUUGUUGAAUUCCUCUAGGGUUACCUAUGGGUAAGAUGAGCACUCAUGCUACAGGCCUUCCUUGGUUCUGUCAACAGAAAUAAGUACCAGGCAAUAAUAAUUUCCACCGGUUCCAAGAUUCUUUAAGGCCUCUCUCCUAAUGAAUCUACCCAGACCUUGAGAUCAUAUUCUGAGGCGCUUCUUCAUGUGCCGCCUCCAUGAGAGAUAUGGAGGGUUGCAAACUGAGAAUGGGCCUUUUCUGCGGUGGCUCCCUGUUUGUGGAAUGCUCUUCCCUUCUUGGUAGUGGCGCCCGCCCUGUGUAACACCCUCUCAUCCGAUGUCAAAGAAAUAAACAACUAUAUGACAUUUGGAAGACAUCUGAAGGCAGCCCUGUUUAGGGAAGUUUUUAAUGAUGGAUGUUUUAAUGUAUUUUUAACCUUCUGUUGGAACAGUGGCUGGGGAAACCCAGCCAGAUGGGCAAGGUAGAAAUAAACUACUACUAUUGUUGUUGUUGUUGUUGUUUAUUUCCAGGGGGUUCGGCAGGCAACUAAAUAAUACACCUUUAGGCACCAGGCGAAAACGUUCUUCUUUAACCAGGCCUUUGACUGAUUGACAGUCAAUGCUCUUUUAAAUGCGUUGGGGGCAGGAGGGAUUAUUGGGUGGUUCUUGUUUUUAUUUUUAUGUGUUUUGUAACCCAUGACCUUGAUAUUAAGAGUUCCAUGCUGUUCCUGAAGGAAUGGGUUUCCCAAAUCUAAAACCUGACUGAGAGGGCUGUUUAUACAGCUGGGUUCAUUGUAUAUUGGCUCAAGUGCUCAAGUUAAUGGAUUUUAGCUAAUGGAGAAGGAAAAAUGGGGAUUUGGGGGCCCGUUUCAGACUGACUGCACAGUCAGGUUUUAAAUUUGGGAAACCCAUUCCUUCAUUCCAACUGAGCCAUCCAGAGCUUUUUUUCAAUAUACCUGCUGCUGCUUCUAACUGAUAGCAUUUGGACAUCUUCCAACCCUUAUUAUUUGGGAGUCCAGUCUAUCUUAUCUCUAUAUGGUGGUAUUGGUGCAUGUUGGUUAAGUGACUCAAUGCCACUGCCGCUCUAGAAAUAUGACCUUCUGCAUGUCUCUUCUUCUAUAGGAAGCCUAAGCAAGGCUGACAAAGAGCUCAUUAUUGUGGCCACGAGUAUUGUUAACAAGUGUCCAUACUGCGUGAUUGCACACGGCGCUCUCCAUCGGAUAUACUCCAAAAAACCAGCGCUAGCAGAUCAGGUUGGUACACGUGUCUGUCUUGCUCGUCUGUCUCCAUCUUCUUCUGUUUCACUCCCUUGCUUAGGAUUUCUCUCCUGUACAGUGGUACCUCUAGUUACGAACUUAAUUCGUUCCGGAGGUCCGUUCUUCGCCUGAAACUGUUCUUAACUAGAGGCGUGCUUUCGCUAAUGGGGCCUCUUGCUGCUGCUGCGCUGCCGGCACACAAUUUCCGUUCUCAUUCUGGGGCAAAAUUCUCAACUCGAGGUAACUCUUCCAGGUUAGCAGAGUUUGUAACCUGAGGUGUUUGUAACUCGAGGUACCACUGUACUUGUUUCCUUGCCACUUAUUGGCUAGUUUUGCACAGGUAAUUGGCAAAAGAAUUUCCAAACAGAAAGGAAUUGUAUGAAGGGGAAUGGUUUUUUUUCUGGAUUCAAAUGCUAGUUUUCUCAAUACAGUCAUACCUCAGGUUACAGACGCUUCAGGUUGCAUUUUUUCAGGUUACGGACGCGCCGAAACCCGGAAGUACCGGAACGGGUUACUUCCGGGUUUCAGCGGCCGUGCAUGUGCAGAAGCGCUAAAUCGCGCUUUGCGCAUGUGCAGAAGCGCCGAAUCACAACCCACGCAUGUGCAGACACGCCGCUGCGGGUUGCAAACAUGCAUCCCGCACGGAUCACGUUCACAGCCCAAGCGUCCACUGUAUGUGAAUUGCCCUUGUGAAAUCUGCAAAACAGUUUUAUACUUUGCUGUUCAUCAAACCGGGAAUAUGAUGGCAAAGCAGUCUAAAAGUGCUUUCUGAUGGAUAUUUAUGAUAGGUGGCCAUGAGAGGCUACUGAAGAAGGCAUAACAAAAAUUACACAGUUAUGAUUCCUUGCGUUCUGCAUGAUACAAAAUCGUGGGCUUGAUAAGUUUGUAUUGUAGUACAAGAUGCUGGGUUGUUUGCCACUGGAUCAGGUCAUUUAAAGGUCCUAUGAAGCAGCUGAAAAAAGCUGUUUUCCAAAGGCUUAGAAUUCUAUAAAAUAGGGUUUUUCAGCAGAUGCUAAUCUUGCUGCCAUUCAUGCACUUUUAAACAUUUUUGAAUGUUUUUAAAUACCUGGUUCUUAUUGAUAAUUCUAAUGUUUUGCUUUCUAUUUUUGUAAACCACUUAGAGGUUCUCUUACAAUCAGGCGUUAUAUAAAAUUUUGUCAAGUAAAAUAAAAUAAAUAAAAUGGCGUUAUGCGACAAACCCGAAUUCUGCGUUCAUCCUCCGAGGCCCUUCUUUGUGUGCCUCUUCCGUGAGAGGCUCAGAGGGUGGCAACACGAGAUCAGGCCUUUUCUGCAGUGGCUCCCCAUCUGUGGGAUGCUCUCCCCAGGGCGGCUCUCCUGGUGCCUUCAUUACAUAUCAUUAGUUGCCAGGCAAAAACGUUUCUCUUCAACCAGGCCUUAAUAUUCUGCAGCCUUUUAAAUGUGUUUGUGUGAUGGGGGUAUUGUUUUGUUGUCUGCUGUAAGGAUAUCGGGGUUACUCGAGAGCAAUCAGGCAAAUGCCUCCCUGGUCGGCUGUAAGGCCUCGUUAUUGGUGCCAAAAACCCUUCACCAUGAAGAGCGCCACUAUUCCGUGGCUGGCUCAUUCACUGGCAGAAUCUGAGAGUGGGUGGCGCUUAAACCUUCCCCAGCAGAGUAGUUUCUUGACGCCCAGUCUGCGCCUCCCCUCUCGGCGCAGAAGCCUACUGAGUAAGGAAGGCGUGGGUAACGGAGGACCUCUCUCCUCCCCGCUUUGCUCAGGCAAGGUGUCCUGGCACCGCCUCGCCUCCUCCGAGCCCUGCAUCUCCUCUCCACUAGAGGCGUGGUUACUCUCCUCUGCUGAGGAGGAGCUGCUUCCCACGAUCUUUGGGGGCUCUCUGUAAUCCAUCCGGCUUUUCCCCUCUCGCCCCUGAGCCGAUGGCAGUUCCCUGACAUCUUUCUUUUAACUAUUUGUUUGUGCUUUUACCUUGCAUUUUUAUAUCGUGAACCGCCUGAGAUCUUACGAUGAAGAGCGGUAUAGAAGUCCAAUAAAAUAAAUAAAUAAAUAAAUAAGAAAGAAAGAAAGAAAGAAAGAAAGAAAGAAAGAAAGAAAGAAGUUGUACUUGGCAAAAUUCCCUCUCUUGUACAAGGAGCAAAGAUAAAGGAACCCUUUAGUCCUUUGCAUCACCCUGUUUAGGAUCUGGCAGCAGUACACUGUGGUUCAUGUUCACGUUUGCUCCCUAAUCCUUUUCAGCCCUCGUUCUCUUUGACCUACCGUAUUUUUCACUCUAUAGGAUGCACCGGACCAUAGGAGGGGGAGAACAGGGGAAAAAAAAAUCUCCCCCUCUGCUCAGCGCCCCUUCAGCGAAGCGGCAGGAAAAACGGAGCCCCUUCCAUUUCUCCUCCCACUUUGCUGAAGGGGCGCUCCGCAGAGAGGGGAAACUGUGCAGCGCCUCUCCAGCGAAGCGAAGCCUGGAGAGCAAGAGGGAUCGGUGUGCACCGACCCCUCUCGCUCUCCAGGCUUCAGGCGGCUAUCCGCAAGCCUUCGGAACGCAGCGGGAACUCCUGCUGCGCUCCGAAGGCUUGCGGAUAGCUGCCUGAAGCCCCCAGAGCACAGCAGGAGUUCCCGCUGCGCUCCGGGGGCUUCAGGCAGCUUCAGCGAAAGCAACGCGAAGCCUCCAGAGCGCAGGGGGAGCUCUCCCUCUGUGCUUCGGAGGCUUCGCAUUGCUAUCACUGAAGCCAAGGAGUCUGCAUUCGCUCCAUAAGAUGCGCACACAUUUCCCCUUAAUUUUUGAAGGGGAAAAGGUGCAUCUUAUAGAGCGAAAAAUACGGUAAUGCUGCCUGUAAAUUUGGUCCCCGUGACUGGUCUAGCGGUUGGCCAUAACUGCCAAUAACCUCCCUUGGCUCUGAUUUUGUGCAGGUCACUGUGAACUGGCAAAUGGCCGAGCUGAGUGAUCGGGAGAGGGCCAUGGUUGAAUUUGCACUCGCCGUCUGCCGAGCGGAUAAUAUCACCGAAGAGCACUUUCAGAAACUGGAGGCGAACGGGUUUGACCGAGAAGAUGCCUGGGACAUCGGCACGAUUGCAGCCUUUUUUGCCAUGUCGAACCGCAUAGCUCACUUCACAGAGAUGCAUCCAAACCCAGAAUUCUACAUCAUGGGAAGGAUACCGAGAGAGAAAGAGAAGAACGAUGCCCCCUAACAAGGCUUUCUGGCACCCAAAUCAUUGCAAGGACAUUGGGCUCAGUGACAGGCAGAAGGUCAAGAUGGGCAAAUGUUGCAUCCCCUGAGAAAUGAAAUGUGCUUCACUUGCUGUUGUGCUAUACUUUUGAAAAACGUUUUCCGGUAGGGUCUCAAUUGUAAUGAGGUGCUCUGAAGACACAGCAAGAUUGGAGAUUUGCUGCUCAGUUUCUUUUGAUUGUAAUAAGCUGUAUACUGUGAUUUCUUCAUAACUGCAGAGUUAACACUUUUGUCAUAUCUGUUGUUUCUAUUAAACGUAUUUGAGCAAAUA